AUGGUCGCCAUCAACAACGCCUCCGCAGCCAUCCAGUGGAACAUCAUCCGCCGCCACUCGGCCAACCUCCACAAGCGCCGCGGAAUCCGCACGCCGUUCAGCACUGACCGUUUCAACUUGACCGGCAAGUACACCACUCGCUCGUCGGGCUUGGGAUCGGACGCCGCCGUCUCCGUCAGACUCACCGAGGACAACAAAGGCAUCGUUGUGGAGACCAAGAAGAAGAGCCAGGGCGCCCAACACCGCCCCGCCACCUCAACCGUCUCCGUCACCCACAAGGCCGGCGGACCCAAGGCCGUUCUGAAGGCUGUCCGCAACCACGUCAAGGGAUACGAACCAGCUCUGGCUCACAAGGCCCAGAAACGCGCCAGCCAGCUGCUCCGCUCGGUCCAAACCCGCAAAACCAAGAAGUCCCAGAAGACCGCCGCCUCGGCCUAA